AAAAUCAGCUGUUUCUACUUGUUGUUGACAGGCACAAUGUUGUUGUCAUUUGAGAUGAUAACAAUUCUAUUUAAUUAAGAAAAUUCCAUAUAUAUUUACACGAUUUAAUUGCCUAACAAUUUUCCAAGCGAAAUAUAAUAUUUUUUUUAUUCAACAAAAGACUAAUAGGAAGAAUAAAAUGGCUGUGACAAUUGAUUCUUUGAUGUAUCUAGUAAUUGUUGCAAUGUUUUGGGGCGCAACAAAUCCUUUUAUUAAAACUGGAGCUAUUGGAGUUGAAAAAGUCAAAGGAAAAACAAGUUUAACAACAUUUCUAAAACAAAUGCUAUUUCUAUUCACAAAUUUAAAGUACAUUGUUCCAUUCUUGAUAAAUCAAUGUGGCUCACUUCUCUACGUUUUUGUUCUUGGACAAACUGACCUGUCAUUAGCUGUUCCAGUUACAAAUUCAUUAACUUUUGUCUUCACUGCAAUUGCUGGCUGGCUCAAGGGUGAAGAAAAAGCACACAUAAAUACUUACAUUGGAACUUUGAUGAUACUACUUGGAACAACAAUGUGUUGCAUAGACAAAUUAUCAGUUGAAGUAUAAUCAUCAAAAUAAAAAAAAAUCCAACAGUCCUAAUUAUCAAAUUUAAUUAAUUUUAUUAACUGCAAUUCUAUUUAAUUAUAUAAAUUUUAUUUCUAUAAAACCAAAGAUAUGACAAGUACUUUUUUUUGUUGAUCAUGCAAUUUUUAAAAAAAUCAUAUUGUAUUUACAAGCUGAUACAGCUUUAUAAUUUUUAUAUACAUAAUAGCACCAAGGUAAAUUAAUUUAAAAAAAAAAUCAUUAUUAUAAACAAUUGAGUCAUUAGAAAAUAUAAAAAAAAAAACAAUCAAAA